AUGAAUGAAUGGGAGAAUCAGAGAUUGGGGAAGGAGGGGCGCUGCUCCCCUCCUCAAUGCCCCCAUGAUGGCCAGAGGGUCACCCUCCAGCUGGACUCUAUUCCCUUUAAAUUCCGGCAGUACGAGCCAGCUGCUGCUGCUGCUGCUGUUGCCGCCUCCUCCCUGCCUUUGCCUCGGCUGCUCUUCACUCCUGCAGCAGCAGCGGGCCUCGCCGCCCUCUAUAGCUUGAGCUCCUUCCUUUCACUAGGAGGCCCUCCUCACCGCCGGUUUCCCAGACGCUGGGAAGAACACCGCCGCCAUGGUGAGGAUGAUAGGUGCGAUGCCCGCCGUGGCGGUGCGGCAACAGCGGAAGCACGUCAAGCACGAGGAGCACAAGCACCGGCCCACGACGCUCACCAUCGAAUCCAGCGCCGCCUACACAGUGAACUUUGUGAAAGAAGGCAGCCAUCUACUUUGAAAGAGCUCGCGAAACCCCCCGCGGGAAGGAGGGGGUUACCAACCCCUCUUCGGAGUCCCAGAGCUUCCCCGAAGAACUCUCCUCACGUCUCCCCAGCGGCCUCCCCGAGGCAUUCGCCCAUCAUAUCGGGCAGAGUCCAUCACAGGCACACGGGGUCAAAGGGGUGUGCUUACAGAUGCGUCCACGGGCACCUCUGCGGAGGAAUAUCACUCCUCCACAUUUCUGUGCUCUGCGUCCUUCUGGGGAUCACGCUGCUCGUCGUGGGACUCGUUCAGUUAGCACCUGGUGCAGCGAUCGUGACUGACCGUGGCCUCUCUACAGGGUCCACCAUUAACAAGUACGCCAUUAUCGGCUCUGGCACCGGCUUCCUCGGUCUGGGCUUCCUUCUCCUCAUCAUCCUGUGUGCCUGCCAAAAGAACACGCACAGGCGACGAAGACAUCCGCCCCAUGUCAUUCAAGCACAUCCGAAUCACAAAGGCAAAGGUGGAGGAAAAGGUAGUACUAAAGGUCACGGAAAAGGUCACAACAGACAAGUACAGGUGCAUACAGUAGAAGGCGCAGUGGCCGCUAGUGGCCUCGAGAGAACGACGAGUGAGACUCGAACUCAGCCCAAUGUGGAACUCAGACCUGUCAAUGAAAAAGAACUGAGUCUGGAGGGCUUUGUCAAGAGUCCUUCUGAGAGUGAUGCCCUCAUCCAAUCAGCCAACAGGAGGCAGUGAAGCACAGAACACACACUCAAGAAGAAGAAAAAAGGACCACAAAUCUAGAUUAAAAGGGUAACAAAGAAAUCUGAUAAAAUAGCCACAGUGGAAAUAUGAAAAACAGGGCUAUAACUCUUCAGCUUCCUAUGGAAGCUGAUAUCUUUUUUUUUAAUCAGUGAUAAGGAGGUCCAGCCAGGGGAUGGGGUGAGGGUUUAUGUAAUGUAAGCGUAAAAGCAAACGUGAACAAGGUGAUUUGCAUUAUGUUUUGAGUGAAGAGGUAAACUGUUGAAAUCCUGAGUAGCAACUCAAAAGUUUAAAUUUUGCAUUCCUUCAGAUUCCAGUUUUCAUUACCAAAUGUGAAAAUGUUAUGCAACAGUUACAAGUCUUUCUCCUAAAUACAUAAAGCACUGUAGCUUCAAAAUUUCUGCUACAUGCUGUGGGUAAAAAAAAAAAGUUUGAAGUAAGAAAUCAUUAUGCUUUGUAAUUUUAUAUAAUUAAUGUAACGAAUUACAUACAACGCAUUGGGAAUGUGUAUAAUGUUAGUUUAAGUUCAGAAGGGAUGAACAUUUUUGUAUAGUGAUACAUAAACUUCUUCAGUCAUUAUGGUAAAUGUACUGAUUCCGAAUUACUCGACUGAAACGUACAAUGCAGAUAUUUGAUUCUUUAAGUAGUUAAUUAACUGCACUUCAGACGACCUACUUUACUACAUCAGUAUUCCACUUCACUUUUGAGUAUUUUUUCAAGUAUUAUGUAGGGAAUUACAUAAUGUAAUUCUACUUUUUGGGUUUAGCCUUGUGUUACUGUAAAUGGAGAAUUAAUGAAAAAGGUCUUUU